CCUCUGUCUCCCAAAGUAUUGGAAUUACAGGCGUGAGCCACUGCUCCCGGCCCAGAGUCAGUUAUUCUUAGAGCAGGUGUUCUGGUUUUUGUCUUUAAUGCUUCCCUCCCCACUUUAACAUACCUGCAAUAUAUAAUUAUUGUGGAAAAUUUGGAACACAUGGAGAAGUAAAGAUUGAACUUGCUGACUGCCCUAUUACCCCAACCUGCACCCCCAUGGAGAUAUUUUCUCCCCAUCCCCCCAAAGGCAGAGGAUGGAGAUCCCUGGGCUCCUCCAGGUGGGGCGUGGCACCAUGGUCUUUUCGGGUUUCCUAGGGGACAGGCCCCAUUGACCAUCGGAUAUGUGUCCCCAAGGUGGUUAGAGGCCAUCACCUCCCUGAGGUCAGCUCAGUGGGCGGGGCUGGGCAGCUCCUGGUGGUCUACCCACCAUGCCUGUUCAUCAGGUUGGUGUCUGACCUCUUUCUGGUGUCUGGUGCUGAUCCAGGCAAGGUGACAAGUGCUCAACAGAGAAGUCCUGGUUCCUUCAAGGAUGCUGGGAAGUGUAGGACAGAGCAGGCUGCGUUUAUGGUUUUUGCCAAGGCUUGACUUUUGAUGACUUUUCUGAAAAAGAUCAGGGGCAUUUUGUUUUGUUUUGUUUUGUCAUUUUUUUUUUUUCCCAGUAGAUGUUCCUAUUUGGUUUACAGAUAUAAACACUUGAACCAGGCGAUAUCAGCACUGCAAGUUGAUUUACCACCACAGCCAUUCUGUAGUACCCAUAUGAAACUGUUCCUUCCUAAGUUCUUUCUUUUUGCUUUUUUAAACAGAAAUCAUUUUCAUUAGGAUCACUACUUUCCCAUGUGCAUUUUACCACAAAAUUUGGUUCUAAUUUUGUUGGCUUGCUUGCUGUUAGUACACAUGUUAGCUUCUGCCAUUCUUUCCACCGUGUCCUGGGUAAAAUUUUGCAUAUCCGAGUGGUUGGAUUCUUUCAUCAGUUUUUGGUUAGUGACUUUCGUGGUCUGCAGUUUUAGCUGCUUUCAGUUUUAUUUUGUGUUGAAGUUUUUUCUAUGAGAUUGGAUUUUUACAGGGUCAGUUUUUAAAGGUUGCAAGAAGGGUGCUUUUUCAGUUUGCUUACUAUUUUCAACACAUGUUUUACGUGGGUAAUUUUAGCUUUGUUGAUCACCAGCUUUGUUUGGGGUGCUUGGUUUCUCUCAAGUCAAAUUAUCCCAGGUAAUCUGGCCAGAAGGCCCAUAGGGUCAGAAUGGCAGGUCAAAAUGUCUUGCUGCUUUCUUGAAGACUUUGAAACAAGCUUGCAAAGUACUGUCCUCCCUUUGGAUUUCUCCUGUCUGGGUGUUGCCAGGGCUCUCCUGUUAGCGACAGAGAAAAGAGGAGGUACUAGAAUUUGGCCUUCUAGGAAGGGUUGUAUUGUCCUUAUCAUCAGAAUCCCUCCCUCCCGUCCCUGUGACCUCCCAACUUCCCAAACACAUCUUGCCUGACCCUAGGCAAACGUGGAAAGGCGAGCUCUGGUACACCGGAAAGCACAGUGGAUGGGGAGGUAGGAGCCCCGUGCCGGGACAUGUCUUCUCUCCUUCUUGAACUCCUCUCCCCACCCAUCCACAGGGUUGCUGGCCAGAGAUCUGUCAGAGUUCUUCCGGGUUUCUCUUUCUCUGGGUGGGGAUGUGGACUCUUAGGAUGUCAGGAAGCAACUAUAGGAAACCCCCCUGUGUGGGUGGAGCAGAGGUGUUGCUCAGGGCUCUCUGCCUGGUUCCAGGUCCUGGGACCCUGCUCCCCGCCCCUGAACCCCAUCUCCCCCGGCUCCAGGACGGAGCUGGCCUGCCAUUGCAGUGGAUCUGCAGAAGAGGGUUCCAGAGUGUGCGGAGAGCGCGCUGGGGAGGGGAGCUAUUUGUUCCUUUGCAAUCAUCACUGUACUGAGCGGUUCCCUGGGACAGUUGGACCCAGGAGAACUGAAUUCAUCUGUGUCCCUGGAUGGCCGGUUGCAGGUGUCCCAUCGGAAAGGGCUCCCUCAUGUCAUCUACUGCCGCCUGUGGCGAUGGCCGGACCUGCACAGCCACCACGAGCUGCGGGCCAUGGAGCUGUGUGAGUUCGCCUUCAAUAUGAAGAAGGACGAGGUCUGCGUGAAUCCCUACCACUACCAGAGAGUAGAGACACCAGUUCUACCUCCUGUGUUGGUGCCACGCCACACAGAGAUCCCGGCCGAGUUCCCCCCACUGGACGACUACAGCCAUUCCAUCCCCGAAAACACUAACUUCCCCGCGGGCAUCGAGCCCCAGAGCAAUAUUCCAGAGACCCCACCCCCUGGCUACCUGAGUGAAGAUGGAGAAACCAGUGACCACCAGAUGAACCACAGCAUGGACGCAGGUUCUCCAAACCUAUCCCCGAAUCCGAUGUCCCCAGCACAUAAUAACUUGGACCUGCAGCCAGUUACCUACUGCGAGCCGGCCUUCUGGUGCUCCAUCUCCUACUACGAGCUGAACCAGCGCGUCGGGGAGACGUUCCACGCCUCGCAGCCAUCCAUGACUGUGGACGGCUUCACCGACCCCUCCAAUUCGGAGCGCUUCUGCCUAGGGCUGCUCUCCAACGUCAACAGGAAUGCAGCAGUGGAACUGACGCGGAGACAUAUCGGAAGAGGCGUGCGGCUCUACUACAUCGGAGGGGAGGUCUUCGCAGAGUGCCUCAGUGACAGCGCUAUUUUUGUCCAGUCUCCCAACUGUAACCAGCGCUAUGGCUGGCACCCGGCCACUGUCUGCAAGAUCCCACCAGGAUGCAACCUGAAGAUCUUCAACAACCAGGAGUUUGCUGCCCUCCUGGCCCAGUCCGUCAACCAGGGCUUUGAGGCUGUCUACCAGUUGACCCGAAUGUGUACCAUCCGCAUGAGCUUCGUCAAAGGCUGGGGAGCGGAGUACAGGAGACAGACUGUGACCAGUACCCCCUGCUGGAUCGAGCUGCACCUGAAUGGGCCUUUGCAGUGGCUUGACAAGGUCCUCACCCAGAUGGGCUCCCCAAGCAUCCGCUGUUCCAGCGUGUCUUAGAGACAUUAAGUGUGGUAGGGGAGGGCGGGCUUGGGGGAAAUGGCCAUGCAGGAGGUGGAGAAAAUUGGAACUCUACUCAACUCAUUGUUGUCAAGGAAGAAGAAAUCUUUCUCCCUCAACUGAAGGGGUGCACCUACCUGUUUUCGGAAACACACGAGCAAACCCAGAGGUGGAUGUUAUGAACAGCUGUGUCUGCCAAACACAUUUACCCUUUGGCCCCACUUUGAAGGGCAGGAAAUGGCGUCUGCUCUGGUGGCUUAAGUGAGCAGAACAGGUAGUAUUACACCACCGGCCCCCUCCCCCCAGGCUCCUUUUUUGAGUGACAGCUUUCUGGGCUGUCACGGUCCAACCAGAAACGCCCCUCUGUCUAGGACUGCAGUGUGGAGUUCACCUUGGAAGAGCGUUCUAGGUAGGAGGAGCCCGCAGGGGCCAUGCGGACCUCACGCCCAGCUCUCUGAUGUUUGUGACGGUGCCUCUUCCAAUGAACAUUCCCAGCCCAGCCCCAGCACUCCAGCAGACCCUGCCCCUCGUGAGCUGGAUAGACUUGGGGUGGGGAGGGAGGGAGUUUGUCUGUCUCCCUCCCCUCUCAGAACGUACUGAUUGGAAGGCGCGUGUUCAGCAGAACCUGCACACAGGACAGCGGGAAAAAUUGAUGAGCACCACCUCUUUAAAAACUCGCAUGCGUUUGUCCUUUUUCACUUUGAAAAGUUGGAAGGAUCUGCUGAGGCCCAGUGCGUAUGCAGUGUAUAGUGUCUAUUAUCACAUUAAUCUCAAAGAGAUUCGAAUGAUGGUAAGUGUCCUCAUGAAGCAGGAGGCCCCUGUCGUGGGACGGCGUUUGGUCUCAGGCAGCACCGCACUGGGCGCGUCUCCAGUCAUCUGUAAGAGCUCGCUCCAGAUUCUGAUGCAUACGGCUAUAUUGGUUUAUGUAGUCAGUUGCAUUCAUUAAAUCAACUUUAUCAUAUGCUCUUUUAAAUGUUUGGUUGAUAUAUUUUCUUUAAAAAUCCUGGGCUGGCACAUUGACUGGGAAACCUGAGUGAGACCCAGCAACUGCUUCUCUCCCUUCUCUCUCCUAAGGUGAAGCUUUUCCAGGUUUUGUUGAAGAGACACCUGCCAGCACUUCUGCAAGCUGAAAUUUACGGAAGCAAAUUCACCAGAAGGGAAAACAUCUCAGGCCGACAUAGGCAAAUGAAAAGGGCUAUUAAAAUAUUUUUACACCUUUGCAAAUUGCAGGCUUGGUUCAAAGAGGUCUGUCAAGAGGAUAUACCUCUUGGUUCAAAGAGGUAUAUCCCCCUGGGAUAUAAGAUGACCUAGCUCCCGGUAGAGGAUCGUCAGUGACAACUAUAGCAGUUGUAUUGUGUAAUAAGUACUGCUCCCAGCAGCAAUUCGGGAGAAAACUAGCCUAAAUGAUUUCAACUGGAAAAAAGAAAAAAGAGCCCUCUUCUUUUCCCAGCCUUUUGCAGAACACAAUAGACAGAACUGCCACCUUCAAUUGGUACUUUGUUCUUUGCUGCUGUUUUUGUAUAAAAUGACCUAUCCCACAUUUUUGCAUGGAUUUAAAAUCAAGGGACUUCCUAUGGAAGUCCUGUUUUAUUCCAGGUGAAGGGAAGAAAGUGUAUACACUUUUGGCAGGGUAUACACCUCAAAUGUGAUGAGAUUUCUGAUGUUGGAGGGAGAUGGAGAGGUUUCCUGAUGCCUCACCUGCAGGGUCCUGUGCCUCUGAAUCUCUAGCCAUGAGGUUUCCAGGUAGGACAGCUGCUCCCCAAGCCUCCUGAGGACACAGGAAGAGAUGGAAGGAGCACCUUGACAGACUUGUGUGAGUCUUCUCGAAGGAGUAUUGACUCAGAACCCAGAGACAACACAACACCCCUCACUUCCUCUGAGAGGGCCAAAUACUGUGAGUCUGAAGGAUGUGCCUGGUGUCGAAAUGAUCUGUGGCCUGUUGCUUACACAGGAAGCCCCCUGAACCUCCUGUACAUGGGUUCAUGUUCCCAGCCAGCUCUGAGACCCAGGACACAAAUACUCCAUUUUGGCUUCUGCUAGAGCAGUCAUGGUUCCUCUCCUAAAAGCCACGGGCAGCAGUUUCCGAGGGCCUGCAUUCUCCACCUGCUGCAUGAUUCUGUGAGGGCUUCCUGUGGCACACAGCCCUCUGGGUGCUUGGGAACUAGCUUCAGGCACAGCCCGAUUCUGGUGAUCCAGUGAUCUGCGGAGUCUGUCUUAUUCCAGGUGAAGGGGGGAGAAAAAGCCUAUACUUUGGCAGGUUAUGAACUUUGAAUGUGAUGAAAUGACACAUUUGGCUGCUUUUGGAUAGUGUCUUAGAACCCUCAUUGCUCAGACCUGAAGGCUACUUCCUUGGCCCUUUUUCUUUAUAGACUAGACCAUCGGAGGAGGAUGUGUGGGAUUGUAGGCAAACCCACCUGUGGCAUACUGAAAAUAAAUUUGAUCAUACCUAAGAGGUUAGGAAAUGGUGCCUUUCCCACCUUAGAGCGCUACGUAGGUGCUUUGGGCGUAUGUAACAUCAGUCUCCUUCCUUGAAGCCACAAGCUAGUUUUCUUAGUUUUAAAAUCCUGUGGUAUGAGUGGCAUUUGUAUAUUAAAACACUUUUUUAAAGGACAGUUGAAAGGGGCAAGAGGAAACCAGGGCAGUUCUAGAGGAGUGUCGGUGACUGGAUAGCAGUUUUAAGUGGCGUUCAUCUAGGCAGCACGACCGUGUGUGUUGCCGCUGCCCUGGGCUCCCCGCCAUGACAUCUUCACCUUGCAGCUUGUGCUGAGACUGACCCAAGUGUAGCUAGCACUGGGACAUAGAUCCUUGUCUUCAGCACCUUCCAAGGAGCCAACUUUUAUUCCCUUUCCUCUCUCCCCGCCCCACCUCGCUUCUUCCCAAUUUAGUAACUUAGAUCCUUCCAGCGCAUACAUAGGUAGCUACCCCAGCCGGUUUGGAUUACAGGCCUGUGCUGGAACAUCAUCUCAGUUGGCCACCUUCCUGGCAGGCUGUAGACCUGACAUUUUGAGACAAGCCUAGAGUCAGGAGCAGGGACUUUGACUCUUAGGAAGAGCACACAUGAGGACAAGGCUGCUGGCAGACGUCUCCAUUGUCCUUAUGUUGUCUGUGUUGUAUUUUCCUUUUUUUAAUUGACCAUGGUGAUUAUUUUUUUAAACCAUUGUUCAUAUACUGAAGUGAGCUAUAGCACAUUAUCGUGUGCUUAUUUUGUUUUAUUUUUCUCCAUCUCCCCUUGGCUUCCUAGAGUUUGGGCAUAUUCCAGGCUAAACGCUUUUACUGAAGACUACAGAAAGGUCUGAAGUAGUGUGUGCAUGGCAUGCACGUAUGUGAGUAAUCUGGGGAAGACGCAAAGAUCUGUUUCAUUCUUAGCCUCAGGCUCAUGAGGGUCUCCACAGGGCCAGAGCUCAGGUUACACAACCACUCCUUCGUCCUCACAGGAGAUGUAGGGAGAAGAAUCUGCAGGCUGCUUGUAGGACUGUUCACCAAGGGGAAUACCAGCAGCAAGAGGGCACACGUUUAGCCCUGGAUGCUGUUUCUUACUGUGUGACUUGGCUAGAGUUGGGAGUUCCCCCAAAACAUACGUGUCCCCAUUUUACCAGAACCAAACCUCAAGACAGCAAAGCUGUACCGUCUUUAUGUGGCAAAAAUGUUUCCUUGUAGGCCCCUUUCAGGUAACAGUCUUCACAAUGUAUUGCCAUCACGGUUUAAGGAGCAUCAGCAGCUUCUCAAGUGGGUAGGGAAAGCAGGAAAACGUACGCAAGAGGACAUGGAUCCAAAAUGAUGACGAAGCAUCUCCCAUGGGGAGGUGUUGGUGGGGAGAUGAUGGGCUAAACAGGCAACUUUUCAAAAACACAGCUAUCAUAGAAAAGAAACUUGCCUCAUGUAAACUGGAUUGAGAAAUUCUCAGUGAUUCUGUAAUGGAUUUUUUUUUUUAAUGCAGAAGUAAUGUAUACUCUAGUAUUCUGGUGUUUUUGUAUUUAUGUAAUAAUUUCUUAAAACCAUUCAGACAGAUAACUAUUUAAUUUUUUUAAGAAAGUUGGAAAGGUCUCUCCUCCCAAGGACAGUGGCUGGAAGAGUUGGGGCACAGCCAGUUCUGAAUGUUGGUGGAGGGUGUAGUGGCUUUUUGGCUCAGCAUCCAGAAACACCAAACCAGGCUGGCUAAACAAGUGGCCGCGUGUAGAAACAGGCAGCUCUGAGUCAGAUCUGGGCCCUUCCACUAGGGUCCUCUGAACCAAGCCCCACUCCCUUGCUAGGGGUGAAAGCAUUACAGAGAGAUGGAGCCGUCUAUCCAAGAAGCCUUCACUCACCUUCACUGCUGCUGUUGCAACUCGGCUGUUCUGGACCCUUACUUUGGUGUGUGUUGAGGGAUGGGGAAUAGAACAUUGACUAUGUUGAUUACCUUCACUAUUCAGCCAGCCUGACCUUUUAAUAACUUUGUAAAAAGCAUGUAUGUAUUUAUAGUGUUUUAGAUUUUUCUAACUUUUAUAUCUUAAAAGCAGAGCACCUGUUUAAGCAUUGUACCCCUAUUGUUAAAGAUGUGUGUCCUCUCGUUCCCUCUCUUCCUCUUGUAAGUGCCCUUCUAAUAAACUUGUCAUGGAAAAGCUCCUGUGCCAGGAGCUCAGUCUGA